AUGUUCUUGCCUUUCCCAAGACUCCCCGUCGAGCUUAGACAUAUGGCUGGUCAAAGAAUUCUACACAUCUCUGGAGCCAAAAGGUCUUUGAUGAAGUUCAUUACGACUCAUCCGUGCUUCUUGACGGAGGAUUUUAUCUUCAUUGAGAAUAACAACGAUGAAAACAAGGGCAGAAUCCCGUGGAGCCUGCCGGCACUGAAGAACGCGUUCAUCGAGCCCAGAAACCAGCUGGGUGACUUUUAG